GUAUGACUACCGACGCAGCCGAGAAAGGGAACGGCAGCGGGACGAGUCAUACCGACGAAAGGGCAGCAGGCGUAAGCACAAACGAAGGCGGCGUAGAACCAGGUCCUAUAGCCCAUCCUCCUCGCUCUCUCUGCCUCUUUCCUUCUCUAACCAUUUCUUUUUCACAGCCCCUGGAUUCGGUAAGUAGUGCAAUCUUUCUGAUUUAGUUUAAUUUUGGAAUUUUUCUUUACAUAGGCGGCUUUUGCUUACACUGUCAUUUUUGGAGAACAUUUUCAUUUUUAUGCAGUUAUUAAUAACCGGUCUUAAAAUGGUUUUUAAUCACACACGCCUUUUGAACAACAGCAACAAAAACCACAUUUACGGUCGUCCCUCGCUACAUCACGGUUCGUGCAUCGCUCCCUCACUCUAUCGCGUUUGUUUUUUCGAAAGUUAAUUAAUGAUUGCUGUUUCAUGGAUGACUGUGACCUAUUAUUUGUCAGAAAUAUUGAAAGACAAGACAUUAGUAGUAUUUGUACAGUACCUUAGAUACAACAGUGCAUGUAGUCAGCCAUGGCAUGCCCGACAUGAUGGAGGGGGAAAAAAAGGCUUCCUCCCAUGCUGUGUGAAAGUGGUACAUUUUUGGCUUCUUACUUUGUCCUUCUUCCCCACUCUGUUUGAAGAACUUUAAGUUUAGAACAAAUAAAUUGGAGUCUAACUAGUUAGCUCAGUAACUUGCUGUAUGUUAUGAGUGGCGGCCAUCUCUCAUGUCCCUGCAGGGAUCCCAUAGCCUGUGCACGAGUGUUGCGCAACGUAGUGUAAACAAAAACUAAUAGGAGUGUAAAGGUGGCCGUAGGGGUGUUAUUUCUUGUCUACAGGGCUCUAAUAACAAAUUUAGGUCAUAAACAGGUUUUCUAUGCUCAAACUCUGAAAAUAGUCAGGGUUUUUUUUUUUUUUUUGCUGAAAUUCAUUUAUCGCGGUCGGGUCUGGAACCAAUUAACCGUGAUAAACGAGGGACGACUGUAUGCUAUUUUCUCAGAGCUCUUUGGGUCAAGUCAGGUUUUGUUGCUGUCGCCACACCAAUGCUAAACUAAAAGAUGUAAAUGCAGUAAAGUGAAAAUGUUCCACUGAAUAUUAUGCAAAGGAUUCAAUUGAGAUUUUUCAUUGGGGAUAUUGAUAUUAAAAUAUCUUCCAAAUUAUUAAAUUGCAACAUGGACCACACCAGAAAUCUAGAUUUCAAAUGAGCAGGUUGUAACUUUUUCCUGCUUGCUAACAUUUUGGUCCACACCUUGAAGCUACUAAGGUCUGAUUUUAGUUGUAUUACUGUUGUCUUUUUUUGGUCUUUGCGUUGAAUGAAUGGAUGGAUGUGCCAGUUGCUUCCUUGUUUUAUAAGCAGCUGUGGUUUAAAGGCGGAGUGGGGGGAAAGCAGAGGACAACAUGUGAUCUUUGACUUGUUCCCUUGCACUAUAUCCCUAUCGUUAUAUAUUUCCUUCACGUGGUGUCAUGCGUGAAUCGCUCCAUGACCACCAAAUCCUCCACCACCACCACCACCACCAACUACAUCAACUACCACCAACACCACCCUCCUCCUCCCUCCUCGUCCGCCUGUGCCGCCUGACGCCACGGCUGCCCCUGAAUAUCCCCUGAUCCCUUUGGUCGCGUCGUGACCUGCUGAUGGCGGUUUGGGUGUGAAAACAGCGGAGCAACAGCCGGACGCGGGCACUGAGUGUGAGGGACGACGAGGAAGGGCACCUGAUCUGUCGGAGUGGGGACGUCCUGCAAGAGAGAUGUACUCACUGCCACUACUCUAUCGUAACCCUUCUCCAUAUGAGUAUGAAAGCAUAGAGCAUUUAAAUGGGAGUGCCUGAUGAUGAUGAUGCCUUGCUAGAAUGCUCUUCGCUCUAGCUGAAUUAGCAGGAUGGAUUGCAACAACAAGGAAGUUUCUGUGAGGGAUGUUAGAUAUCUUCGGCCAUUUUUCUUUUUUUUUUCUCUCUCUUAAAUAGGAAAGUAAGCUGUGGAGCAUUUCCUGUGUUUCACAGGAUUAGAAUCAUUCUCACUUGCAUUUGGUUCUCUCUGUCGCAUUGCAGAAGGCGAGCUAAUUUUAAGUUUUCAGGUAUUUUCUUAGCCAAGCCAAGUUUUAUUUUAUUUUUUUUAAAGACAUUUACGACCAACUCACAUAUACAUUGCACACAUUUUUAUAUAUUUAACUUAAAAAAAAACAAUUCAUGUUUUUGUUUUUUUCCCCUCGUUUGGGAAGGGGGUUGUGCCCACUUUUCGAUGCCUGCAAAUUGGUCAUCAAAGGAAAGGAGCACUUUACACCCCCCGCCCCCAUUUUCCCUUCAUUUAUCAUAGUGAUAUGUAUUAAGUUACCAUAGGUUAUCAUUGUGUGUUUUAAGCCUGCCAGGUUCAGGCAGCCCUUUUGAAAAUAGGAUAGGUAGCAGGAUGCAUUCGCUCUCUAAAAUUCGCGUGACUAAUUUCUCCUGUUGUCUUUCCUCCCCCCCACCACUGUUGCUCCCCUUUCCCUUUUCUCUUUGUGUUAUGCUGCAGAUGAGAUUGUCAGCACUUUGGGGGAAGGCACCUUUGGGAGGGUGAUGCAGUGCAUCGACCAUCGCAGGGGCGGCACCAAUGUUGCCCUGAAAAUUAUCAAGAACGUGGAGAAGUACAAAGAAGCAGCUCGCCUUGAGAUCAAUGUGCUGGAGAAGAUCAACGAGAAGGACCCAGACAACAAAUUCCUUUGCGUGCAGAUGUAUGACUGGUUUGACUACCACGGGCACAUGUGUAUCUCUUUUGAGCUGCUCGCUCUCAGCACCUUCGAUUUCCUCAAAGAAAACAACUACCUGCCCUACUCCAUCGGUCAGGUCCGACACAUGGCCUACCAAAUCUGUCUCGCUGUGAAGUUCCUGCACGACAAUAAGCUGACACACACGGACCUAAAGCCUGAGAACAUCCUGUUCGUCAACUCUGAUUUCACUAUGUCUUACAACGUGGAGAAGAAGCGAGAAGAGAGGACGGUUAAGAGCACGGCAGUACGCAUCGUGGACUUUGGCAGCGCCACCUUUGACCACGAGCAUCACAGCACUAUCGUGUCCACCAGGCACUACCGAGCCCCUGAGGUCAUAUUAGAAAUGGGCUGGAGCCACCCGUGUGACGUGUGGAGCAUUGGCUGUAUCCUCUUUGAGUACUACCUGGGCUUCACCUUGUUUCAGACUCAUGACAACAGGGAGCAUUUAGCCAUGAUGGAGAGAAUCCUCGGACCCGUGCCAUCCAGAAUGAUUCGUAAGACGAGGAAGCAGAAGUAUUUCUAUCGAGGCCGCCUGGACUGGGACGAGAGCUCCUCAGCUGGAAAAUAUGUCCGGGAAAACUGCAAACCUCUGAGGCGAUACUUGCUGUCGGAGGCGGAGGAGCACCACCAGCUGUUUGACCUCAUCGAAAGCAUGUUGGAGUACGAGCCGUCCAAGAGGCUGGCGCUGCCCGACUCCCUCAAGCACCCUUUCUUUGAUUGUGGAGGCGGCUGUGAGGCGGCAGGCAGCAAGAGUUGGGAGGCGAACCGGGACAUAAGCCGGUGAUCCGUUAAGCAACCUGGUCCAAAGACUGGUACAGAGCAAUUAUUUUAUACACGGGGUAGGUGAGCUGUUAUGUUGCGGUGGUGUCUGUUGUUCAUCAUGAAAGCACGGGAACCUACAGCCAAGAGAGGUCUAAGUCAGACCGGGAAAGUGGUUCAGAUCAGACCUUUUUGUGCACCCAAAGUAGGCCUCUAUGCAGCCCUCGUCUUCCUCUUGACCUCCCACCCUGACCGUCCAUCCAUCAGCAUUACGUGGGAUAUCAAAACUUUGUGGAGGAAAUGAGCAUCAUGCAAGUCUGUUUUGGAGAAGAAAUGUCUUCCUUUUCCAUGUUUUAAGCAUAAAUGUGUGGUCAUUAUUCACCAAUAUGAUGUUGACAUACACUCCCAACUCUCCCAGUUUUACUGGUUUGUUACCCCAGCAAGCGAGGACUGACUGUGGGUUUAUUUAUGUAUUUGUGUGGGAUGAUUAUUCUAUUUUUUUACGUUAUGCAUUGCUUUCUUCAUGACGGUGUAAGGAGGGCGUUUAUAUUCAUGUAUCACGCAGUAACUCGGCCUUAGCUGUGGACGUCUUCUCAUACUCAACUUGCCUUUCCUCCAUGCGUGAUGUCAUCACACAGAAGCCAAGCACAUCCUUCCUGGUGGCGUCCAAACGGGCCACACACAACUGUAUGAGAAUAUUUAUUUUUUGUGAGCGAGUGGUUCCCUCCCCUCCCCAAAUAGGUCAUUGUCCCCGCCUCCCGUCCCGACAGGGGGAGUUUUUUUGUAUGAAAUGAAAGUCUAAAAAGGUGUACAUAUGU